AUGGCUGGGACAUCUAAUGUUGGCCAGCACGACCGCCACCAACCCUACACCCCCCCCGCCCCGAUCCUGGCACAGGAGGUUCACAAGCAAAUGGAUAUGGUCAAUGAGGCAGUGACCAGAGGAGAGCAGCUGAUGUCAGAACUCCCAGAAGUUGAAGCCCAAAGUGUCAAGGAAAAGCUGCAGUCCCUGAGGUCAAGGUUCACUCAGCUGCAGGCUAACAUUGAAGAAAAUGGAAAUGGUUAUUGGGCGAGGGAGAGAACUGACCUUUCGUACUGCAAUCAAAAGUUGGUUAACAUCUGGUUACAGAGGAUAGAGAAGGAUGUCUCCUCACUAUCUUGUCAGUGCACUGUCAGCCUGAGGGGAGUCUGCGAUCACACUGAAUGGGACAAGCUUGAGAAGGUGCUUCAGGAGGAGUUGUGCUGGGUGUGUGGUGUUGAAGAGAUGCUGAAACAGGUUAAUGUAGUCCCACUUUCCCAGGAGGCAGUCUGUGAUCAGCUACAGAAUCACAAGGCCAUUGCAGUUCAGACAACCCAAUGCCAACACAGAAUGGCUGAAUUGUUCACCAGCUUCAAAAAGAUCCUGGGGAAAUGUUCACAAUCCAGGCAGGAAACUACUCAGGCCCUGCUGCGAACUUUGUGUGAUCAAUGUGAAGCUAUCAGUCUGCAGAACACAGGGAUCUUGUUGGGAUUGGAGAGAGCCAGUUUCCUGCUCACUCAGUUUUCUGAAACAGACACAGAACUCCGCAGCUGCCUGCAAGAAACACAGUCACGGAUAGCACAGCUUCAUCCCAUUGUGAUCGACCGGCAAAACCUCAGUCAACAGCAGGAGCUGUCACAGUUGUUGGAGCAGGUGGCUGUGCUUUCUGAUUCACUGCAGAAGGUCCAGGAUCGAGUACAGAAACCAUCAGGAUUCCCCAGUGACUCUGAGAGAAUCCAAGAACAGAUUGAGGAAAAUCGAUCGAUCUUUGAGGAACUGGGAAGCUUACGGAGAGCUCCGGAUAACGUCAUUGCCCAGGGGAAGGAGCUGUUGGCAAACAGCCAGAACCCAACAACUGAUGCCAGGAAUGGAGGCAAGUCCUCAGCAAAAACCCUUUGCCCUUGUUACUGA